CGCGACAGCGCGACAGCGGCACCCCCGCGGGCACGACCCACCCCGCGCAUCCCCGGCCCCGGAGCGCGGCUGCAAGUGCCAUGGCCGCGAGCCCCCGCUGACCUCGCCCCCGCACCUCGGGGUGCCGCCGCCGCCGCCGCAGCCAUGGGCGACUCCUACGCCGCCGCCUUCCCCAGCGCCCCGGGGCUGCUGUCGCCGUCCGCCAGCCCCCAGGCCUCCCCCGGCCCCUACGGCCCCGACUACGGCCCCUUCGGCCACCCCUUCCCAGCGCCCUCCGGCGCCCAGGAGGUGCUGGGGGCCCCCGUGGUGGUGGCGGCCAAGGGCCACCCCGCGGGCGAGUGCCUGCCGGGGGUGUACCCCUCGCUGGAGAUGCCGCACCCCUACGGCUCCUGGUACAAGGGCGGCAUCGGCGGGGGGCUGCCGGGGGGCUCCGGGCCCGCGGCCCCCUCCUGGUGGGAUGUGCACCCCAACGGGGGCUGGCUGGGGGGGCCGGCGGGCGCCGAGGGGCUGCAGGGCUCGCUGCAGGGCCAGCCCACCCUCAGCCCCCCUCUGCCCAGCUACGGCUCCGACUUCGGCGCUCUGAACCCCCCUCCUUACACCAACGCCCCCGCGGCGCCCCCCACCCCCAAACCCGCGCCGGGCGAGACCCCGAAGGGUCCCCGCGGCGGCUCCCUGGGGGGACGCCCGGCGUGCGAUUGUCCCAACUGCCAGGAGCUGGAGCGGCUCGGGGGCCCGGGGGGGUCGCGGCGGAAGCCGGUGCACAGCUGCCACAUCCCGGGCUGCGGCAAGGUGUACGGCAAAGCCUCGCACCUGAAGGCGCACCUGCGCUGGCACACGGGCGAGCGGCCCUUCGUGUGCAACUGGCUCUUCUGCGGCAAGCGCUUCACCCGCUCCGACGAGCUGGAGCGCCACGUCCGGACCCACACGCGCGAGAAGAAGUUCACCUGCCUGCUGUGCAGCAAGCGCUUCACCCGCAGCGACCACCUCAGCAAGCACCAGAAGACCCACGCCGAGCCCGGCCCCCCCAAGCCGCCCCCCGGCGCCGAGCAGCCCCCCGCGUCCCCCCGGCCGCCGCCCGCCUCGCCCGGCAAGGACGGCGGCAGCCCCGAGGCCGGCAGUUUGUUGGAGAUUUGAGCCUUCCCGCCUUCAUCUUCGUCUUCCUCCUCCUCCUCGCCGCUGGGGAUAUUUAUUACGGGGUGCUGCUCCCCCCGAGCCCCCUCCCCCUCAGUUCCCCAGCUCCUCGUCAGCCGUUCUAAUUUAUGUCUUAAAUUAUGGGGGGGCUCUCCAAGCGCUCUGGGGCUCACGGGGGGGUGUCAAGGUGAGACCCCCCCCCUUUCUGUUUUCCCUUCCACCUCCCCCAACCCUUCUUGCCCCCCAGCCCUCGCCUCGCCCCCCGCACUCAGGGACAGGGUUUGCUAAUGUAACGUGUCCCCCCCACU